GCUACCACCCACCUCCUUCCCAAGAUGGCGGAUCUGAACCGGCAACUGCAAGAAUACUUGGCCCAGUCUAAGGGGGGCAGUGGCUCGGCCGUCCCGCCGGCACAUCAGAGCCCACCGCAGGAUAAAACAGAGGAGUCUGGGUCCGGCUUGGGAGCUUGGUUUGGCCAGAUGAACCCUUUCCCCGCAACAGGAACGUGGCCUUGGGCUGCGGAGCCGGAGCCGGACCCAUGGCUGCCGACCGGUCUGUCCCGCUGGCAGCGCCUGGUGGGGAGUGCCUUGUGUCUGCUGUUGGCCGUUCUUUGCUUCAGCCUCGCCGCUCUCUAUGGCUCGCUGCUGCUGCUCAGAAAGUUCGCGCUGCUUUGGUCCCUGGGCUCGGCCUUUGCGCUGGGUGCCGCGGGCUUCCUACGGGGCCCGAGUCGUCUCCUAGGUGAGCCUGACCGCCGUGGCCUAGCCCUUCUUUACUUGGGCUCUGUGGGCGGCACCCUCUAUGCUGCACUCGGUCUCCGGAGCACCUUGCUCACCACUCUGGGCGCCGGCAUCCAGUUGGUGGCCGGUGGCGCCUAUUUGCUGGCCUCUCUGCCUGGGGGCGCCGCCGGACUGCGCUACGUCGGCGGGUUCUUGACCGGUUUUGUGCGGCGGCGUGUGUCGAAAACGCUCCCCGUGUGAGGGCGGCUGUUGAGCUGAGCCCCUCUCCUGGAUGGAUGCUUGUGGGGGAAGAAAGCUGAUGUCUAUGCAGUGGGGUCCUGAGACCUGCUGUAAGCCAGUGCAUGGCACAGGAUACAAUCCCAAAAACUGGUGGAAGGAAAACAUCCAAUUCUUCCUUCCAUAGACGUGCUU